AUGUACCAAAUGAAAAUAUUGACUGAAACAUUGGAAACCAAAGAUCUUAAUAUAGUAGACGCACUGAUAUUAAUUGAUAGUUCAAUUAAAUUACUUACAGAAACUAGAAACAAUAGUACACUGAUUAAUGAACUUAUAGCCAGUGCUAAAUCAUUUUGUCUAAAACUAGAUAUUGAUUUUGAUGGGGAUUUUAAUCAACAUCAUAGAAAAAGAUUAAAACCAAAAAAAAUUGAUUCAAAUCAACAAUCACAUGUAAACUUAACUUAUGAAGACUUUUACAGAAAAGAAUUUCUUCAAGUUCUGGACACAUUAAUCGGUUUGUCAUCAGAAGAUUUGAAAUCUUGUCUGGUUUGUAUUCAACCACUUUUUAAAGUAUUAUCGGUGCCUAUAAGUUCAAAUAUAACUGUAAAAGAUGUAGAAAAAGCAUUUUCCUUAUUUCCAAAAAAACUCAAGCUAAAAUUAAUCAAAAACCAUUUAAGAACUACUAUGACCAGUUCCCGAUUAAAUGAUUUGAUUAUACUUGAUUCUGAGAAAGACAUUUUAGAUAAUAUUGAAAUGACAAAUAUGGCAUCGUUAAAAGAAAGAAGAAUUUCGGUGUAA